AUGCUUAAAUGGCAACGCACGCAAAAAAUUAUGGCGCUUGUACCUCCCGCAAAAGCACCCUCCGAUGACAGCAGCACAUCUGAAGAUGAAGUUAUAAUCAAUAAUUACACAAAACCGAAAAAACAACAAUCAUCUGACUCAGAACACAACUACGAAUCAUCUGAACCACGUUCUUAUCCCUCUGAAAUUGAUGACUUAAGCUUAGAUUCACAUUCCGAAGAUGAGAUUCCUGCGACGCCAUCACCUAGGCCACUACAGCUACAAAAUGAAAGCAAAUCAUACUUACCCAAUUCCAAAGAAAAUUCUCGUCCGACGACGCCUCCAUCGCCAACUCCGCCUCAACAAAAUGAUUGCAACAUACCUGAAGUACCAUGUUCUGAAGUCCAAACUCCGAUUUCGUCUGCGUCGAUGCCACAAGAUAUAAUGAAUGAUUCCAUACUCCACAUACCAACAAUUCCCUUGUCUCCUUUAAUUAACCAAAUGUUUUCACCAGGCCCGUCAAAUCAGCCGCUCCCAUUCACACUGAAUUCGGUCUCAUCAGUAUUAUCACCUAACAUGUCUCCAGCAGCACCUAAUACACAAUCAGAGUGCAAGAAAACAUGGGCAAACUUAAGAGAAAGCUAUAGAAGGGCAGUUGUUAAGAAACGCACGAAAAGUGGUCAGGCUACCUCAUCAAAAAAAUGGCAAUUUGAAGAAGAGAUGUCUUUUUUGUUGCCGCAUAUGAAACAAAGAAAAACAAUUUCAUCAUUAACGGAAGAUGAUAGUAAAGUUGACGAUAAUUUUUAUGUUAACGAAUUGUUGUCAAAUCACGAUGAUUCUCCCAUGUCACCGAAUGACCCAGAACUUAAUAUCACCAACCGACCAGAAUCUUCUUCAACAAAUACGUCAGCAAACUCUCCUUUGUUUCCGAACAUACCUAAAAGAAAGCGAUUCAAAGGGACCCAAGAAUGUACUUCAGCAUCAGCUCAACUUUUACAAUAUUUGCUAAAAGAAAAAGAGCUCCAAGAUGCGGUACUUGAAGAGUGGGAACAAAUACCCCAAGAGGCUGUUGCGACCCUUGUAAGGUCCAUGAAAGAUCGCAUGGAAGCCGUUAUAAAGGCGAGGGGGACUGGUGGUGGUCCUGCCGACUAUAUACUCCCAGAUUACAUAUUAGACCGGGUGAUCAGUCUAUUAGGAAGUACAUUCAGUGGGUUUACUGUGCCUUUUGGGGGUGAUAAAGAAAUGGCUUGGUUUGAUGUUUGUGGUGGUGCUGAUAAUAUAGUUGCAAUAAAUAUUGGAAAUGUGACGGUGCAGACAGAACAAAUAGUGGAUUCAAGUGAAACCACAAUCUCAACACCAUUAUCUAAUGAAAAAGGUAUUGAGACUGUGGUCGCUGACUACCAAGUGUUGGAUGUAGUUGACCAAAAUCUGAUAACUCCUAAUAAAACCAAGAGGCUUACAUUAGGUACACCUAGAGCAGUGAAAAAGAAAUUUAAGCCAGAUGAGAACAGGGCAGCCAGGAACACUGAAAUAGCUGCAUAUUAUUCAGCGAACAAAAAAUGCUUGGAUGCCAAAUUAACAAUAUUAACUUAG